CGACGCUUCUUUUUGAUAAUUUUGUCAGUUCCUUACACACGUUGAUUUGUUUUACACUUUUGUUUGUUUAUAUAUUUUUGAUUAUCUUGUACAUUGGGGCAUUUGUAUUGCGGCGCAUCAUGUGGAUGAAACGUUCAAAGAUACACGACCAGGGCUGCAGCAGCACACAGCUUAACUUUCUGCGUGAAAACAAACUGUUAUCGAUGCGUCGCAUGGAGCGGCAACGGCAGCCGGUACCCCGCUAUGAGCUGCCCACAACGGCAUCCAUGGGACGUCGUGCCGCCACACCGUCGCUAAUUGAGACGCAACGUCGACUCAUCGAAGGUGGGCGCAUGGGACGUGUCUGUUACGGAUUAAGCGCGGCUUCUACCGGCGAGAGCGUCGGCGGACAGCGGUCUGAGAAGCAAAUCCAGACAGAGGACAUUAAUGAUCAGCAGUUCCUCAGUGCGGCGCUACUCAAAUGCACUGAGCAGGCACAAUUGUUGCGUCCUACUUGCAGCGAAGGCGACGAACCGCCGCCGUUGCCAGUAACUGCUGCCUCAGGUGAUGAAGCGGGUGAUCAACUGCGACGCACCGCCUCCAACUUUGAGCUCGGCAAGAGGUCGGUACAACGUCGCAGCUGUCAUACUGCUGUCUUGCCGUGCACACGGCAACAGCAUCUAAAAAGGCAUUUCGACGAUGUGGCGACCGCACUGCCAAAAGUGCAGCCAGAUAACGAAGAGCCUGCUGACAAUGGCCUGUCACGUGCGUUGCAGUUGUCCAUACCCGAUAUUACAGACGUAGAGCAGCAUCCACAGCUGGAUCAGCCGCUGAGCACGCGCAGCAAUUCCUCAUGUGUCACUCACAAAUCACAAGCCAUCUCUUCAAGCCCCGGGCCCGAGGAGACAACAACAACAAUAUGCCAGCAAACUAUCGAGCACGAGCGGAGGAGCACUGAGCAGCAGGUGCUGCUGACGGAGCCGCAGCGUUUGGCAUUGCUGCAAGCGGCGCAGACGCGAUACAACGAUCUUAUAUGGCAGUACAAUCGGUUACCUAUCUCGAUGGGCACGUUGCGUGUGCGCAAUCUCAAGAUCGAAUUAGAGAACGAACUGGAUCGGCUCGAUGGCGAUUUAAAUAUGCUGACGCUACCGAAGAUCUACAUCAGACGUGACCAGUUGCAGCAAAUCUCAAGUAUAUCAUGCUGUUAAUUAAUCUCCAUUCGAUAAACAUGUGAUCGAAAGCA